UCUUGAAAACAUUCAGAGCAGAAAGCAGUGGAUGAAGUGUUAAUAAGUGUUUAAACGUAAUGGAAAAUAUGAUUUCCUGGAGUUUGUUCUUCAUAGUUACUAUUAAUGGAGUUUGGAGUGAGAUCAAACUGGAACAGUCUCCCUCCGAGGUGAAAAAACCUGAAGAGAAAGUGAAGAUGUCAUGUAUCAUAUCAGGUUAUAGCAUGACAAGCGCCUAUAUUCACUGGAUACGACAGAGGCCAGGAAACGCUCUGGAGUGGAUUGGGUGGAUGAACACAGGGAACAACUCUCCUACUUUUAGCAGCUCCUUUCAAAGCCGCUUCAUCAUGACUGAAGAUGUGCCCAAGAGCACUCAGUACCUGGAGGUCACGAGCCUGAAAGCAGAAGACUCAGCUGUUUACUUCUGUGCUCGAGACACAAUGCAUCACUGUGAUUACUUUGACUACUGGGGACAAGGGACUGAAGUUACAGUAUCGUCAGAACCGACUGCAUCACCAGCUGUGUUUCCUUUGGUGAUGUGUGAACCCGAGUGUGCAGAUAAAAUCACCCUCGGGUGUCUUGCACACAACUUCUUCCCAAAGAGUCUUACUUUCCAGUGGACCAAUUCUAGUGGAGCCGCUCUGACUGCUGAUCAAUAUCCUUCAAUUCUGAAGAACAACAAAUAUACAGGAGUCAGUUUGCUCAAAGUAACAAAGUCUGACUGGAAAUCAAGGAGCUCUUUUCAAUGUUCUGUGACGCACAAAGGAGGCUCAAGCAGUGUGACACUGGGAAAAAAGGUCUGUGGUCCUGUGAUAAGUAAUAUCACAAUGACACUGAAAUCGACAAAUCCCAAAGACAUUUUCAACAACAACCAGUUAAAGUUUGAGUGCAGGAUUGAAGGACUGGACCAGAACACCAUGAAUGAAAUUAAUUUCACUUGGAAAUUAGAUGAAAACAUUAAAACGGAGAACAUCAGUGAAACAAGAGACUCCACACGCAGCAAAAUCAGCACUUUGACUCGAAACAGCUCUGAAUGGCAGACAAUCAACAAAGUGACCUGUUCUGCUGAAGGCCCAAAAACACACGUUUCUAAAGAUCUGCAUAUCUACAAAGGAGAUGAUGUCCCAAAAGUAACUAUUCACAUCCUCCCAAUGGAAGACGUCAAGCAAGGAGCUGAGGUCACUAUGUUGUGUCUGGUCUCUAGCAAGAAACAGCAGGAUUUCUACAUCGCCUGGUUAGAAGGGGAAAAAAACAAUGUCAGCGUCUAUAACGAUGGCAUCGACUUCCCCCCUAUGAAGACUGAACACGGCUUCUCAGCUACGAGUCUUUACACCACCUCCUUCAAAAGUUGGAACAACACCGUCAUGUUCUCCUGCAACGUGUGGACACCUGGUGGCAGAAAUUUCACACAAUUUCAAGUGUCUUCUUUGGCGAUUAGAUCAAAUGAAUCUUUAAAACUGCGUGUCGCUAUGAGCUGCACAGAUGAUGCCAUUGAUGAAGAUGAGUACAGCAGCCUGUGGUCCACCACCUCCUCCUUCAUAUUCCUCUUCAUAUCCUCUCUCAUUUACAGCAUGGUGUUCAGCCUGGUCAAGGUAAACAUGCAGACUUUCUCUGUGUUUCAGCUGCACUGAGAACUUAAGAAAGUAUAAGAGACGAUACAGGAUUCAUAGAUUCACUGAAUGUGGCCAAUGUUUUACUGUGAAAGUUAUUAGAAUGAUCCCAAAAAUGAUGGCAUCAAUAAGUCUUAAUAAAAUGUGACUAAAGAGACAAAAAAUGAAUACACAUUACUUAUGUAAUUGCUUAUCAGCAAUAUCUGAUCUGCUAAUG